AGAGGCUACAGCGAAAUUGUGGUGUACGCUCAACAAAAUAACUUAAGGCUGAUGUGGUGUCUCACUCUUGCACAUGCUCUGACAGUGGAACACAAAACUGAUCAAAUCGAAGUACUAUAUUCUAAUCGAUAGUUGGUGGCCAUAUCAAUGGCAAUAGAAAAGGAAACCAUCGAUUACAAUGGAAAGCUGCCACCUUUUAACUGGACAAUAAUUUUAGUAAAUUACCAAUUAUCGUGGCCGACAAAACUUUAAACAAUAGGGAACAAUGAAAUAUAUUAGCAUAUGCCUGGCUGUGAUAUUCCUUUUUAGUUGCAGCUUCCUCUUCGGCAAGAUCCAUGGUGAGUCCUCUGGCCAAGUUUGUGCUCUGUUCAAGUCUUUUGUCAUCUGUUUUCAUUUGUGUCUUCUGCGUCGCUGUUACCAGUGCCGCUCCCGCGGCGACCUGGGAAGCUGUAAGGACCCCUUUAAUUUCAACGCCACCGACGUGGACCACGAGCCCGGCCUGGCUGCCAUACCCUGCGCCAGCGGCUGGUGCGGCAAGGUAAUCGAGGGCGGCGGCACCUACGCCAUCGACGACUACGACCUUGCCAUCCAGCGCAUGUGCGUCCAGCGCGGCCCCGAUGACAACAUGGACCGCUGCGCCGACACCAUCUACAACUACAAGAAGGUCUACAUGUGCUUCUGCCAGGGUGAUCUCUGCAACAAGGGGCACAGCUGGACGCAGCCCUCAGGCCGACUGGUGCUCAUGUUCCCUCUCUUGGCAGUCCUUCUGCCGUUCUCUCGUCUGCUCUGAUGCACUUAAUUAGCCUUAAGCCUAGGGAAAUAAACGUAUUUUUUUACUACUUUAUUAUGAAAUGAGAAAA